AACUUUAGCUGUAAAUGUCAAUCUACAUCUUAAUCUACACUUAACCAACUUCUGUGAAUGCUGUGAAUGAGUCAUUUUACAACCUUCUUCUUUGUAUAAAAUCUGAUCAAUCAUGAACAUGACUCAUGAGAGAUUACAAGACAAAGACAAGAAAAACUAAAAUAAGUUCACUUUGAUGGUAACAUUAUAAAGGCCUUUUUCUCAUUCUGUUUCUCCAGUGUUUUAGUUCAGUGAACAGUUAAAUCAGGGAUAUAAUGCUGAAACAUUAAACUAGCCUUUAAAACCGGCCUCAUUCUCUUCAUUUUCCAUCUGUUCCGCUUUAAUCCAUUCAGUUAUAGCCUGUUAGUGACCCAUGACACAUUUAUAAUCAGGAAAGUGUUUACUAUGACAAUGACAAUUAAAAACAUCCCACAUCGACCAAUGUGCUUUACAACUAAAACCACAGACAACACAGUAAAAACUAUAAGACUGUAGCAGAGUGCCAUAAAAGAAAGUGCUUCAGCAGUAUGGAAAGUGAGUAUUAAGCAUUAAAUGCUUUAUCAAAACAGAACAUUUUUUGACUUAGAUUUAAAAACAGAGAGAGAUGAAGCCAGUCUAAUGGAAAUGGGCAACUACUGUGGUAAUACUCGGUGUGUGUGUGUGGGCUGUGCAGGUGAUUUUCUGGGGACUGAGCGAUGUCACAGAGCUGUCUGGAAGGUCAGUAUAUGGACCGGCUGCUGCGAGAGUGUGUGUCCUGCAGUAUGAUCUGUCACAACUCUGAGAUGCUGACCCGCUGCUCUGAGUUCUGCGUGGCCUGGAGUUGUAAAGCCGUGUCCGGUCAGUUCUACGACACGCUGCUGAAGAAGUGUCUGAAGUGCUCCGAGCUGUGUGGCAGUCACCCGGCGGCCUGCGCAGACGCAUGCAGGAGUGUGGUGUCCGUGACGCAGAGACCAGUCGGCGGGUCUGCAGUGCAGCUGGUGACCGACAGAGGGCGCUCAGCGUCCGGAUCCGCGCUGUACUCGGAGGCGCUGCUCUACUCGCUGCUAGGUCUCUGCAUCACCGCGCUGGUGUUCACGCUGACCGCUGCUUUCCUGCUGCUGCUCAAGAGAACCAAACAGCAGCAGCAGCAGCUGGACACCAAGAAACAACAGCCCAACAAACACGGACAAUCAUCAAAAGACUCUCUGAUGGCUCGUGCGGAGGAGGUGUCUCAGGACCGACCGAAGGCCACGGAAACCUGCGUCUACUGCUUCACCGAGCACGUGCGCGCCCCCGAGACCCCCGGCCGUCACCAUGCCAACGGCGCGCUCCAUCACCCGGUGCAGACGCACACCGACAAGACCGGGCCGUUCAGGAUCAUAUGUUCACCGACACAGACAAGCAUAUGAUGAUAAUAAUAAUAAUAAUACCAGAACAGGAAGCACACCUCAUUCCUCAAGCAUUCCUAUAGAAAUAUAACUUCACUUUAGUUUUAAUAAAAUGAAGUUAAUGCUGUUUUCAACAGAGCACAACACACUUUCAAGACCUCUUGACUCUGAAAGUAGCUUCCCCAGUCUUUUUCUAAAAAAAUAAAAGCCAGUUAAUAAAGUUAACGUAAAGAGAGUGUUGGGAAGGUUACUUUGGAAAUGUAAUAAUAUGUUACAGAUUACAAGUUACACUGUUUUUCAAAUCAAAUCAUUGCAUAUUACAGGAAACACUUGCAUCUAACAAUGCCUUGGAAAAAAAAAACAUACAUAAACCCAAAUAUGAAAUAAAAGUUAUGGAAUAUAA